UUCUCUGAAUCAAUCGCCAACUCCUUGGAUUCUGAUCCGUUGAAAUCUAAAUCCUUUCCAUUCCAUUCCUAUUAUUGCCUAUUACGCUGGAAGGGAUCGGUCAUUCCUCUUAAUUACUCUUAAGCUAUAACCUUCAUCGCGGGGCAGACAGACGGAUCGCCUCUGCUAUGCCCUACACACAUCAUAGCCACUCGGGCCAAUUCUGCCCUGGCCAUGCUAAAGAUUCCCUCGAGGAGGUAAUCCAAUUGGCCAUUGCCAAAAAAUUCCAAGUCUUCUGUCUUUCCGAGCAUAUGCCCCGCGGAGAAGAGGAUUUCUAUCCGGAAGAGAUUGAAGCCGGCAACACCGUGUCCUGGAUGAUCGCCAACGAAGCCGCCUAUUUCCAGGAAGCCCAGCGGCUUCGCGAAAAGCACAAAGACCAAAUCCGGAUUCUGAUCGGGUUCGAGUGCGACUGGAUCCGUCCGGAGUCUCGUGCCUUGAUCGAGGAGUCGCUGUCGAGACUCCCGUUUGAGUUCUUCAUGGGCUCGAUCCAUCAUACUCUCACGGUGCCGAUUGACUACGACCGGGCGCUGUACGAAAAAGCGCGAGAUUUAGCCGGCGGCACCGACGAGCGGCUGUUCGAGGCUUACUUUGACGAGCAGCUCGACAUGCUCCAGCAGUUGAAGCCGCUCGUCGUGGGGCAUUUCGACCUCAUCCGCUUGAAAAGCGACGAUCCCGAGCGGAGCUUCAGGCAGUGGCCUGGAGUCUGGGACCGCAUCCUGCGCAACCUGGACUACGUGGCUGGGUAUGGGGGCAUUCUGGAGCUGAAUUCUGCGGCGUUGAGGAAAGGAAUGAGUGAGCCUUAUCCCAAGGCUGAGAUUUGCCAGGAAUUCCUGGCUCGUGGAGGUCGGUUCUGUCUGUCCGAUGAUAGCCAUGGGGUGGACCAGGUUGGGUUGAACUUCCAUCGCGUGAUGGACUUUGUGGACAAGGUGGGCAUAUCCACCUUGCACUACCUUGAUCUGGCAGAGGAGGGAGAGAUUGCAGUGGAUAAGCGGUUCCCUCGGACGCAGAUAAAGGCGGUAUCCGUGGAAGAGGUGAAGAAGAUGUCUUUCUGGGGGUGAAGUGGCUGAUUAUCCAUUAAGCCUCCUUGUUCUUGUCGCAGACGGCGUUGAGGUUGCUGAACCCUUCAUAGAAACUGAAGUGAAUCUGAUCGAGAUUGACUAGAGGAGACCACGAAGCAUAGCCUCAACCUCUGACAACCUUAUAGUAUCAAGCUUCUGAAACAUGC